GUAAAAUAUUGUGCUCGUUUUUACGUUGAACAGAAAACUCCAGCAACGGGAUCACAGCUGGUAGCAGAUCAAAAAUGUCGCUGCCGUACAAUCUGAGGGCUCUGAGCAAGCGCCUUCUGCUGAAUCGAUGCCUCACCGGCUGCACACAGUGGCGCCCGUUCGCCAGUGAUACGCUCGGUGGCCGUGCGAGCGAUCCGGAUGGGACGACCGUGAACGUGCCGUCGAAAGAAAUCGUCACUCCGCUCCCGCCCUUAACGCAGCCCAUUCCCGAGCUCCCGCCGGUACAGUAUGCGCGUCCCGGUGACCAAAAAAACGUAACCCAGGUCACACGGCUCAGCAACGGGUUGCGGGUGGCUUCCGAGAACCGAUUUGGGCAGUUCUGCACGGUUGGAGUGGUGAUCGAUUCCGGGCCGCGUUACGAGCUGGCGUAUCCGAGUGGUAUCUCGCACUUCCUGGAGAAACUUGCCUUUCAGUCGACCUCCGAGUACGGCGAGCGUGAUGUAAUCUUCCGUGAGCUCGAAAAGCAUGGCGGUAUUUGUGAUUGCCAGAGCUCCCGAGAUACAUUCGUUUACGCGGCCAGUGCUGACAGUCGGGGGCUGGAAUCGGUCACACGCAUCCUGUCCGAGGUUGUGCUGAGACCCCAACUAUCCACGGACGAGGUGGAGCUGGCCCGGCAAGCGAUACAGUUUGAUCUGGAAACGCUCGGCAUGCGCCCGGAACAGGAACCGAUUGUGAUGGACAUGGUACACGCAGCCGCCUAUCACGACAACACGCUUGGUUUCCCGAAGCUCUGCCCAGUGGAGAACGUGCCCAAGAUCGACCGUAACACGCUGCUGUCAUACCUGCGUCUGCACCAUACACCCGACCGAAUGGUGCUGGCCGGCGUUGGUGUUCCGCAUGACGAGCUGGUUCGUUUGGCAGAGCGGUAUUUCGUAGAGGGAUCGGCCACGUGGGAGAGCGAAAGGGUCGCCUCUUCGAACCCGAAAUCGGUGGACACUUCGAUCGCCCAAUAUACCGGCGGUUCAAAGCUGGAAGAGUGUGCCAUCCCGGUGUACGCAGCCGUAGGACUGCCCGAGCUGGCUCACGUCGUGAUCGGCCUACGAGGUUGUUCGCACCAGGACAAGGAUUUCAUAGCCGCGUGCGUUCUAAACAUGAUGAUGGGUGGCGGUGGGUCGUUUUCUGCUGGAGGACCUGGCAAGGGCAUGUACACUCGGCUCUAUACCAACGUGCUGAAUCGGUACCACUGGAUGUAUAGUGCCACCGCAUACAACCACGCGUACGCCGAUACGGGUCUGUUCUGUAUUCACGCAACCGCUCCACCAACGCACGUACGCAACCUCGUGGAAGUCAUCACACGCGAACUGUUCACAAUGCAAUCCCGGCCGGGCGACCAGGAGCUGCGACGUGCAAAAACCCAACUUCAAUCGAUGCUCUUAAUGAACCUCGAGGCGCGACCAGUCGUGUUCGAGGACAUUGGACGGCAGGUGUUGGCAACGGGCGAAAGGCGGAGGCCGGAACAUUUCAUCCAAGAGAUCGAAAAAAUUACAGCCGAAGAUGUUCAAAAUGUGGCGCGGAAGAUGCUCUCCUCGGCCCCGGCACUGGCCGCACGAGGAGAGAUUAAAGGCAUUCCGGAGGUGAAGGACAUCCACGCGGCACUCGCAAACGAAGGGCGGUUUCCGGGCAAUCGGCGGUUAACGUUGUUUCGAUAGAUGAAUCACUCGACUUCGCAGCUAAUUUCAGAGGCGAAAGAGCCACAAAAAUCAAACAAGAAAUUAAAGAGUUCUCGGUUACUGCAAUGGAGAGCGCUUAGGGGAUUAAUUCAAACUUGCACCACACGUUAGUUAGUUCUUGUAUAAUGGCAAUUGGUUUCGAUGACCGAUGAGGUGCCAUUAGCGAAGGCUUUAGGUUUUCCGUUUCGCAAUGCAAUUGGUAUGAUAUUGAAAGGAUGAAAAUAUAAUAGCGACGGACGCUAC